AUGCUUUUGCGUCCUGGCCACUCCGAAUAUGGCACGUCGGCUUAUGGAGAUGCGAACGGAAUCGAGUCGAGGACAUCUCGUAUACGCGCGGCAAUGUUUCCGGAUUGGACACCGCCGAUUUCGGCAGCGAACGCGACGACAUCGUCGAAUUCGAUCAUUGAACUGAUGCAAAUGCCGACGCGUCAACUCAAAGACGCGGUGAUGACACUUUUGACGUAUGAAGGAAGCAAUGAUAUGACGGGAUUGUCGCUGCCGGACCUCGUCGAGCUCAUGUGCGAUCAUGACGAGUCGGUGGUGGCGAGAGCGGUUCAUCGUGUGUAUUUGUUGUCGCGCGAAGACCCGUCGAUUGCGCAAAAUCCGCGAUUGAUCGAGGCGCUUAUCAAUGCGUCAAGAAGCAGCAAUGUGAAUGCUCGUCGAAAUGCGAUGGGAGCACUAUUCCAUAUGUCUGAGCAGCGCGGCGGACCGAUGCUGAUUUUCAGAAGCGGCGGAUUGGCGGAGAUCAUUCGCAUGCUUUAUGAUCCUCAUGAGAGUGUUGUUCACUAUGCGGUCACCACACUUCGCAAUUUGCUGAUGCACGUCGAAGCCACGAAAGUGCAGGCGCGAGCGCUCAACGCGAUCGAGGCACUCACGCCGCACCUGCACAAAUCGAAUCCGAAACUUCUCGCGCAAGUCGCCGACAGUUUGUAUUUCUUGCUCAUCGACGAUCUGCCGUCGAAGGAGCUGUUUUUGAGUUUGAGCGGUCCGCAAAUUUUGGUGACAAUUUUGAGGGCCUAUCCCGAACAUCGCAAACUGAUGUACACGGUGAUUCGAUGCAUUCGAUCGUUGUCGGUGUGUCCGCGCAACAAACCCGCCUUGAUUAGCCUCGGAUGCCUUCCGGCUCUUCACGGCGAGCUCUGCCGCGCUACCGACGAGCGAUCGCAGACGGCGAUUCUUGUUGCGAUGCGAAAUUUGUCGGAUUCGGCGACGAAUGAGGAAAACUUGACGCCGCUUGUCAUCAAACUUCUUGAAGUUGUUCAAACGGCGAAUGAUGGGAUGACGGCGUGCGCUUGCGGAAUCUUGAGCAAUCUGACGUGCAACAAUAUGCGAAACAAACAAACGGUUUGCUCGCAUCGCGGAAUCGAUGCGCUGGUGACGGCGAUUCGACGAUUCCCCGAAGUCGAGGACGCCACCGAGCCGGCGUUGUGCGCGCUGCGACACUGCACGGCGAGACAUUCGUUGGCCGAAGAGGCGCAGAAUGAGCUGCGACUGUGCCGCGCGUUUCCGGUGGUUCUCGAUCAGCUCGCGACACUUCGAACGCCGGUGAUCAAAGCGGCUCUUGGUGUGAUUCGGAAUAGUGCUCUUCUGCCGGCGAAUCUUAUCGAACUCACGCAGGAGCAAACCCCUCAUGGCGAUACGGUCAUAUCGUUGACUAUUGAUAUUCUCCGACGCGCGAUCAUUGCGAUCGACGAGAAUCCGAAUAUUGAGGUCGACGGCGUUCCAAUGUGGGGUGUCAUCGAGGGCGCGGUGUCGGCGCUGCACCAAUUGGCGAACCAUCCGGCGGUGGCGGCGAGUUGUUGCGACGAUCGCGGACAACCGGGCAAUCCCGAUCAGCCGCCGUUUUUGGAGUUGAUCGUUCGGUUGUUGGCGCGACCCGAGGUGUCGUCGAACGACGACGAGCUGUUGGAGCGCGAGCUUCUCGGAUUACUGUACCAGUUGAGCAAGAGGCCCGACGGCGCGCGAGCUGUCGAGGAUUGCGGUGUCACCGCGCUUCUCAUCGACGCGCGAACUUCGCGCCACAAAGCGGUGGCGACGUACGCGAAUGGCGUUUUGAACAACUUGAAGAGAGAUGGAGAAGCGAGCAUGAUCAAUUCUUACGACUACGACGUGGCAACUGGAGCUGAUUGGCAGAGGGAUGGGCUCGAACGCGAGCUUUUCGCCGAAAUGUACCCGACGAAUGACGGCGGACAUUCGGAGUCGAUCAAUGCGGCAUUGAACGGCUCGUCGCAUAAUCAGCAUAAUAAUUGGUAUGAUACUGAUUUGUAA